AUGAUGCUUAUAAAUCGACGUCACCUGACCCUGUACGAGGGCCCAACCCGGAUUAAAUCCAGAGGAGCCCCUGGUUCCCUUUUUUCAGCCGUAAGCACUUUGUUCUCGAGUAUGAUUCCCCUCUAUCCAAAAGCCGAGGAGCGCCUCGUCAAGAUCUCAGAGCCGGGACUGCGAAAGUCGCGAUUUGCUGUGCUUCGGACUGCGGCCGUCUUUGGAAUUUUCUUGACCGUGCUCUUUCUUGUUCUUUUCUCCUACAUUCUCGGCUCGUUGUAUCAGCUGGGAGGACACCUUCACAACUUGAAUGUUGCGUUUGUCGACUACGACGGGGGCGUGGUUGGCGAAGCUGUGCGCCAGGCGUACGACGGACUCCGCGCCGACACCUUCUUCACCCUGACCGAAAAGUCGUCCUCGCAGUUUUCUCAGCCCGGAGACCUGCGCUCGUCCGUCUGCGACAUUGAGUACUGGGGGGCCCUUUACAUUGCUCCUGGUGCAUCGGAUCGCCUGGCCGCUGCCCUGAGCGAUGCCGACGCAGCCUCAUCCUACAAUACGAGCGACGUCCUCACCUGGGUCUGGAAUCAAGCGCGAUACCCGACUACCAUUGACUCGCUUAACCAGCAGGUCCGAACCCUGUCGGAGGCCGCCCGAAUCGCCUAUGUGCAGCUCAACGGUACCGGUGCCAUGCAGUCCCUCGACACAUCCAGCCCCGCUGCUGUAUCCGCCUACUCGAACCCGUGGGAGCUCGUCUCGGUCAACAUCCAGCCCACCUCGCAGGGAUCCCGCCUCAUCUACAACACCCUAGUAAUCAUCCUCCUCAUGAACCAGGGCUUCUUCUUCCUCGGCACGGUCAACGGCCUGUACGCCCAAUUCAAACUCUUCGGCCGCGUCAAACCCCUCCGCAUGAUCCUCUUCCGCUUCGCCAUCUCCGGCCUCUACACCCUCGCCGGCUCUAUGUGUGCCAUUGGCGCCGUCUGGGCGUUCCGCGCCGGCUGGGACGUCAAUGGCUACCAAUGGGUUCUGUCCUGGUUAACGCUGUGGCUCUUCGCGCAUCUCAACUUCCUCACGCUCGAUGUCGUCGCUGUCUGGAUACCCGCGCCCUACGUCCCCAUGGCUCUGAUCACAUGGGUCGUCACAAACGUCGCGUCCACAUUAAUCCCCUUUGAACUGUCCCCGGGAUUCUACAAAUGGGGAUUCGCCCUCCCCGCGCACGCCGUCUACAAUGUCCUAAUACACAUCUGGUCCGGAGGAUGCAACCCACAGCUCAACUACGCGCUUCCCGUCCUCUUCGCCUACGAGAUCGUCAGCGGCGUAAUCAGCGGAAUCGGCGUCUACCGCCGCGCCCACUUCGCCGUCAUCGCGGCCGAAAAGGAGGAAAAGUCAUGGCACGAGAAAGUCGCGAAUGCGGUGGCAAGCUGCACGAGUCGGGAAACGUUGCUCGAGAAGACGGAGGCAACACAAGGAGGAAUGGCGCCUGUCAAUGGUGAUUACGAGGCUCGGGUGGCGUCGAGUGGGAAGGGGAUGCCCGAUCGCGAGGAGCUUACAGGGAAGCUUUGCGCUGCGACGACGCAGAUGACGCUUGACAAGGCGAGGGAGCGGCCGAGGGAGUCGAUGGGGAUGACGUUCAGUUUGAGGUAG